AUGGCGCUCGAUGGUGACAGCAGCAGCAGCAGCAUCGACAGCAGUAGCAGCAGUAGCAGUAGCAGCUGCAGCAGCAGCAGCAGCUGCUGCUGCUGCUGCUGCUUGUGGCUGUGCGCGUCGCUCGCCGUGCUGGGCGCGUGCUGGGCGGCGCGGCGCGCGCAGCUGUGGAGGCGCGUGGUGACCCCGCGCUUCCUCGCCGCCUUCAGCAAGCGCUACAACCGCCUGAUGGCGCGCACCAAACGGGAACUCUUCUCCAGCAUGGACGACCUGGUACUUGGCAAUGAAAAGCCUCUUCGUGUGUUGGAGAUUGGAGCAGGCACAGGAGCCAACUUUGAGUUUUUCCCACCGGGCACCCAAGUCACGUGUCUUGAUCCCAACCCGCAUUUCAAAAAAUACCUGCUCAGGGCGUUUGACGAGAACCGGCACGUGACUCUCGUGGACACGGUGGUGGCACACGGGGAGGACAUGCGCAGCGUGCCGGACGCCAGCGUGGACGCAGUGGUGUGCACCCUCGUCAUGUGCUCGGUGCGGGAGCCCGAGGGCGUCCUGCGGGAGGUCAUCCGCGUGCUGCGUCCCGGCGGGAAGCUGUACCUCCUGGAGCACGUGGUGGCAGCUCCCGACACGUGGGUGCGUAGCUGUCAGCAGAUGCUGAACCCUCUGUGGUCCUACAUGUGUGACGGGUGCAAGCUGGCUCGUGACACCGCACGCACUGUGCAGGCCGCGGGAUUUUCACAAGUGGACAUCAAGCACAUCAACGCGCCCCUUAAGUUUCCCCUGAUUAAUCCACAUUUAGUGGGGUGUGCAGUCAAAUAGUUACACCGAUCUACGUGGUUCCGUCAUGUUGGUACGCGGAUACAACUACACCACUACGUGCGCUGUACUCUUGCAUGCCUGUCGACCCACACGGUUUUACCUGUAUUCUUGUACAGGGAAAUUGAGUUUUCAGGUCCAUGCGGUGUACAGCCGUUUCAAUAUGGGCAUUUUUGUGUCUAUUUGUUUGUGUUUCUCCCUUGUGAUGGGACUUUGUAGGAUGAACGUUGAGAUGUAUAAGAGCACGGGGUGACCAAUAAGGUCUGAAUUGGUCUGUAAUAAGGUAGGCCACUGAUAAGGGGUUGACAAGUAAUGAAUGCUCUUGGUAUGCAAUUAAUACACCGUUACAUGUGGCUUUGUCCAUUUACCCCUAGAUUGUGAACGUGACAGUCAAACUGAAUGUUUUAUUCUCAAAUGUGGACGGUAGCGUACUCGAAUGCAAGGCCACGUUUAAUAGACCGUCAAAACCCAGGACCUCGAGGGUUGCCAGCCCAUCGCUCUGACAUCACGAGCCACGGGGAGGAAGAAAAAAAACACCCUCUUACCUGAUAAUUGUUUUUUUACCCUUCUAUCUGGCAACAAAACUGACAAAUUUUUUUACAAGGAGUCAUGUUUGCAUAGACCACAAUAUCUGCAGCCAUAAUGCAAACAAAAACAAUUAUCAUAUAUUGUUCUGUUUUUUGUUUGCAUUAUGGCUGCAGGUAUUGUGGUCUAUGCAAACAUGACUCCUUGUAAAAAAAAAAGGUGUCAGUUUUGUUGCCAGAUAGAAGGGUGAAAAAAAAAAUUCUCAUAUUUUUGACUGGCAAAUGAGGUUCCAAUGGUGUAAAUGCUUGACCCUCUUACCUGUGAAGCGUAAAAUGACGAGGUCGAUGUGAGAAUUCUUUUUACGAACUUCUCCGUUGCCCUGACGGGUGCUGCUGUGGCUGUGCCCGCCGUCUCUUGGCCUGUUGGUGGUGGUGUUGGUGGUGGUGUUGGUGGUGGUGUUGGUGGUGGUGUUGGUGGUGGUGGUGUUGGUGGUGGUGUUGGUGGUGGUGGUGGUGUUGGUGGUGGUGGUGUUGGUGGUGGUGUUGGUG